CCAAAGAAAAAGUUAACAUCCAACGUGUAACCCCACCAAGUAGAAGGAAGUAUCCCUCUCAAUAAGAGCAUUGCAAAAUGAUUGGUACUUCACCUAGUUCUCGUCCACAAAUCUCUGGAUUCCAAGAAACACUUACCCAUUUCCUCGAGAAAAAGGAAGGAGUAGAAGAAGAAGAAGCAAGCUUGCACCAAGAAAACUCACAGGCUGAACGAAGGAUGCUGGCGCUUCUAACAGUUUUUAACAGUUGGGCUUUCCUGGAGACGCGAAGGCUUGUUCAAGUGUUUCCAGAGCAUGUGCGGAAAUUAUGGAAUAAUUGGGAGCUACGAGUGUUGGUUCUUGUCAGUCUCACCUUGCAACUAUGUCUUCUUCACUUCGGCAGUCGCAGAAGAUAUAGUGUUAAAACUUGGUUAAGGGUCUUUCUCUGGCUUUCGUAACUAGGUGCUGAUUCAGUGGCAACUGUUGCACUAGGUGUCAUCUCUAAUAAUCAAGGAAAUUGCAAUGAUUCCCAAUUACAGAAUGAGCUCAUAGCAUUCUGGGCACCGUUUCUGUUGUUGCACCUUGGCGGCCAGGACACAAUUACGGCUUACGCAGUACAAGACAAUGAAUUGUGGUUAAGGCAUUUGCUUGGACUAGUUGUUCAAUCAGGAGUGGCACUCUACGUCUUUCUAUCGUCUUGGAAGGUCAGUUGGCUGUCAUUUUUAACUAUUCCAAUGUUUCUUGCUGGGUUUAUCAAGUAUGCCGAAAGGACAUGGGUCUUGAAAUCAGCAAAUUAUGAUCCAUUCCAUAAGCUCUCGCGUUUUUUAAUUGAGCGUGAAAGGGAUGCAAUUCCAUUAGUAGAUUUACCGAGAAUGCUAGUUGAUGCACCUCCUGAUAAAUUUAACACUGGAGCGGAAACACAAAGGGCUUCAUUUCCAUUGUUUGGAAUUUUUAGAUGUCUCUUUCUAAAUCAGAAGGUCAACAUGUAUAUUCGUCUUCAGGGAGAUUACUCCAAUCAAUCAAUAUCAAUAUAUUACUAAAAGCUGAAGCGUGGCAUUUAUAGCUGCUGAGCUCCUGUUGCGCCACCUCA